AUGUUUGUGGCGUUCUGGAUUCUGGAGCAGCAGAAUGUUUACUCAUCACAGGCAUCAGGUAAAAGGGCCGCCGAGGAGGAUGCAGAAUUGGAAACCACCAGAGGAGUACCGGACGAUACGAUGGCUAGGUUGCAUGCAGAACUGGCUGCCCAGCAGGAAGUAACGAAUCCCCAGCUGGCGAGUUUACAUCUUACAGAGACUCGAUGCCACGUAAUUGCUUUCACUGUGCUUUUCUUAAUCUUAAUAAGGGCAGUUGUACUUCUCAGGGAGCGAGAGCGCAAAAAGAAGGCGGAAGAAGAAGUUAAGCCUCCCCAAGAGGAACCCCAACUUGAAGGGGAGGAAGGAAAAGAAGCAGAAGAAGCAGAAGAAGAAGGAAAGCCUGUGCAGGAAGAAGAACCUUCACCGGAACUAGUAGUUUCGCAGCCAGAGGAACCUGCAGAAGAAGUACCCCUGCCACAAAUGCCUAUCGCACAAGCGCCCGUGCCGAUGCCGCGGCGUAAACCAAAAGCGGGAGUUCCAGAUGAGAAACAACCAGAGGAGCGUGGUGGCGGUGAAAUACCAGAUGAAGGAUUCGUGCCGAGACCGAUAACUCGUGCAACCAGGUAUUGA